UAGAACUGGAAGCGAAGCAACAUUCAGAAAUUAGUUUUAAAAUGGCCGAACAACCACAGCACAAGCAUCCGGAAGGAAUGGAACCUUAUGAUUUAGGGGGGAAACCCUGUGAUUUAGGUGCAUUAAGUCCCGAUCAGCAAGAGGAACUAAACAAAUUCAAGAUUCAGACAAGAAUGCAGAAUGAAUUGUAUCUACGGGAUCACCCAGAGGUUGAAUGUUUACUUGCCAGUUUUCUGAGUGACGUGCUGAUAAAAAGACCAGAAAACAUCAGAGAAUUUGCUUCAGAUUUCUUCACACACCCAAGCCUUCCGGACACUGUAGAAAAACAGCUUGAAAUUCAUCAGCAGAAGAUUAAACAGAACAAGAUACUGCAGUCCAUUUAGAACAGAAACUGAUUUGCCAGCUAGUAUUACAACCUCCACUUCUCUUGUGUAGUCGCUCAAACUGUGUAUUUAAAGGAGCGUUGUCAGUGUUGAAAAUUGCUUCAUUGAACAAAGUUAACUAUUUAUAAACUAUAUACAUAAGACUCAUGUUAAAAUUAGUUUAUGGUAAAUAGACUGUCUACUAUUCUAACAGAGUAUGAACAUGUACUUUCAAACAAUGUCUUUCUUUAUUAAUUCCCUAUUUAUUUUGUUUCCAUUAUUUCAGUAAAAUGGUGACUUUAUAAAUACUGUACAUGUUAAAAAUUAAAUUCCUAUUAUUGUCUUAUUUAGAGGUUGAUUUAUUUUAACUUUGUUUUAGUAAUAAAUUAUUUAAUAAGAUAUAAUAGGGUGUAGGGAUCAUCCAUAUUUAUCAACUUUUUUACAUUCUGGACAAUUUUCUGGUUGGGUUUUACCCCUUCAUCCCGCAAUCCCAAAUCUGAACAUAAACCAUUCAACUUAGAGCAACCUGUAUUUUCCGUCAUUGCACCUUAUCGGUACUCCUUUAGUGCUGUGACCCAAACUAUGACAUUAAAAAAAUAAAGUACACUAUUCUAGACUCUCUGCCUCAGGUGGUCACUGUUAACAUAAAAACAAUUUUACUAAUAUUAAAACAGACUCUUUAGAUCUGAAAAAAUGUAUUAUGUUUUUUAACUGAAAAGCAAUUUGAAUAUGAUGUUUACUCCCCUGGCCCCCUUCCUUCCUUCCAAACAAUGUUCAGAUUAUGAAAAUAUUUACUGUUAUACACUCAUUCUAGAGGUUCGAAGUGAUCUUUAUCACUUCUAGUGUGAACCCCAAUGGCCGCAAUACAUAUUUUAAAUGAUGAUGACACAUGAAAACAGAAGCUAAAUAAAAAAGAAUAUCAAAUGUAAUACAAGUUACAAAAUGGUUUAGUUGGUGUGCAAUCACAAAGUAUUGUUAAUGUACAAAUCACAAUAGUGAACAAGUGUCUUUGAAAAAACCCAACGAGCAUCUGCAAGUGAGGUUCUCUUUAGCUUUAGAUCUGGAACAGUUAAUGCCUCCUUGUAGGAUUGCCUUUAUUAAUGGUUGGUUGUACAUAUACAGUCUAAAUUUGUCAUAAUUUUAUCUAGAUUUCAGGGGUGCAGCAUGGUCUGGACUGGGUGGGUGGGUGGGUCGAAUAUGAAUCUUAACAGAUGCGUUUGUCUACAUUUUCUCUGAAAGCCUAUAUGAAUAGCCCAAUAUUACACUAUUUAAAAAAAAGUUUGAGCCUUGGUGUGUGUGAUUGGGGGUGUCAUGGGAUUCCUCCAGACCACCCCCCUCCCCCACCAGACUACGCCUCUGGAGUUCAUGAAAAUAGAUAUUUUUAUAUCCCAAUAGUUGAAUACUAUUCUUCAAGUUUACAUUCCUGUUCCUAUUGUAUGUGUAGAUGUUGGUGAAAGUGACAUAAUUGUUUCAGUAUUAAACUGCAUGUGAAAUAUAUGUGAAUAUUAUAUUGUUGUUGUUUUAUUGUAGUAAUUUGACUAACAUUGUUUUGCAUAAUAUGAACUCUUUGAGGUUGAAAGUGAAUAUUGUCUGUUGUGGAACAUUCCAAAAUAACAAAUGUUCUGGCAUCAAGGGCUAGCUCUGGGUUAGCAGACAUUUUUACCAAAUGAUCUAUUAAACUUUAAACAAUUGCAGAAACCAAUAAUUUCCAACACUAUAUCAAUCGUUACGUGAAUUUAUUAUACCAGAUUUAAAAUCAAAUUUGACAGCUGUUUUUAAAAUUUGUAAUUGGUAAAUGUGCCGAGAAGCAGAGGCUGGUCCUGAUGUAUUUUAAAUGCACCCUGAAGUCAAGUGAAAAUAUUGUUUCUGUAACCCAUUUAACCGGUACAAAUUAAAGAGAUUAGCCUGAGUGCUGCCUGUGUAACAUGUUCACCACUAAACGGUGAGUUUUUGAUGAUUAAAAUUACAUACUAAAGCUAUUUUCCUGUUUAGAAUAUUAAUCCGUAUCUGUAUAAAGGUGUUUGUACAUGUAGCACCGGUAGCCAAAAACAGAUUUUACCUUCCAAUAAUUUGGUACGUAUAAAAAGAUAUAUUAUAAAGUAAAAUGAAGAAUGACUGCUAGAAACAUUAAUAGGGCUUCUAGAUUAUGCUAGCCCCACUCCCAUGGCUAGUAAUAUUCAAUGUUGGGCUAGUAAAUAACUGCUAUUGCCAUGCCCGACGGCUAGUGAAACUUUUUUUUGGGUAAAAUGCUGCAUUUACAUGUACGUCGAUUUUGUAAAUGUGAAUACCCUGCCCUUCCCUCACCUCAAAUCAGGGGUUUUAAGCUUCUUUAGAUGACAUAUCCAAUUAUUCAUAAUAGAAAAAUUGUAUUUACUUAAAGUAGGGCUUUACUUUAAUCAUGGCUAGUAACGUUUUUUAAAUCACUGAUCCCAUGGCUAGUGGAUUUUAAUAACAUUUCUAGCAGCCGUGAUUAGCACCUAACUGCCAAUACAUUGGCUAAACGGACACUGGUAUUCUAAACAAGAAAAUGUAUUUAAUAUGUAAUCGUAGUCGCCAGAAAGACUGUUAGUAGGAAACAUGUUAUAAUGGCUGCAAACUCGAUGUAGUGCUUUUAAUUGAUUUAUCUAUUUUCAGCCAUCAAUUAUUGUCUAUUUUAUUUGUUGUUUUACAAAAAAAACAUGUUUUGUUUUAAGAAAACAAAAAAUAUGAUUCAGUCGGUAGAUAACACGACCUUGAGAGUUUUGUUAAGCAAACCAACUGUUUUUAAUUAGUUAUUUUAAAUAUUUUAUAUUUUUAUUGGUAAUUUAUCAAGGCAAUAGUAAAUUGUCUAAUUGCUGGAGUGCUCACCUGGUGUGGGAUUAUCUAUGAUUAUUUCUUAAAUAAUAAUAAUCUUUAUUAUUGUGAUAACGCUGCUAGUCUUUUUUUUUUUCUUAUCUUUUUUUUAUUUUUAUAUUAACAAACUCUGUCUAAGCCAUAUUGACAAGUUUAUUAAUUUAUUUAUAUAUACACAUUUUGUAGUUUUUGAAAUGUUAUUGCAAAACAGUUUCACUGCUCAUGGUGAACAUGUAAGUUUUGAACUAUAUAUUAAUUUGGUUAUUUUUUAAUUGCCUCCAUACUUUAAUUCGUUCUGCAUAGAGCUAAUAAAAGUACCAAAAGGUUACACAGACUGAGGCACCUGUUUUUGCUUCAGUAGAUAUUUCAUUUAAUAAAGCUAACAGGAAAUACAAAUUGACAAAUUUCGGAGCAUAAUUUCAGCUUCAUUAGUCAAAUUUCCUAAUACACACUAUGUUUUAUUGUGUUUAUUAUCGUCUGAAUGGAAUGGUGUAAAAGUAAUACUUAUUAAAUAUUUGAAUGAAAUUAUUUUUUAAAUCUUGCAUUAAUUUAAAUGAUUUUUUUGUUUUUAGGAGUUUUAAAAUAUUUUAGUUAUUUUCACAUAAUGGAAUGAUUUUAUUUAUAUAAUUUUAUUUUAUUAUUUUUUUAAACAUGAAUGAGUGAUGGAAGUUAUCAUUUUCAAUAUUCAUCUUAUAUGUGCAUAAUAAUUGUUCUUCAUCAAGACUACAGUCAUUUCCACUUAAUUGCAUAUGAGUCUAUUAGAUAAUUGGUGUUAUUUGUCUAAGACCAGUCAUUUAUCAUUAUAGCUGCACCAAAUAUAUUGCAUAAAUGAAAAGCUACAAAGAGAAAUUCCAGUUAUUUGCAUACAAAAACAAAUUCAACGUUUAUUACUUCCCACCUUUCACUGCUAAGACAAUACAAAAUGUAGCAGCUUGCCCCAACCAGGGUUUAAGUUGUAAUUUUCCAAGUUGUACGUAUAAUAUUAAUUAAAGUUGAAUUUGACGAAUUUAGUUCAUUAUUUUCAAAAAUCGAAUUAAAAAAAUUAGAUGUUUGGCCAAUUCAAAGUUAAAUUUGGGACGGUCUUCUGACCAAAUUCGUCAAAAUAGGGUCCGGCUUAAACUAAUGAUAACAAACAUUGUCAGAAGAUCUGAGAUGGACAGGACACCCAUCUUCCACACGUCUUAAUGUGUAAGUAAUGUUACUUAUAUAUAUUUAAAUCUAGUACAUAAUAUAUUUUCUGUCAUAUUUCAUAUAUACUUGAUGGUAAAAGAAGCAUACUAAUACUGUGGGAUCUCAACAAUGUCAACGGGCUAUUAUGACCGUCACAGUUUUACUAUAAACACAUGUCAGUGAUUCAUGGGAGCAUUUACGUCCUUUAGACUCCGCUUUGUGCAGAAUUAUGCUUUUCAGUACUUUAUAGUUUUUUCUCCAGAACUUUUAAUGAAAAGAGUUUUUUUUUUUAAACCACCCUACAAAAUGUUUAUUCAGAAAUGGUUGCCUUAGUGUCGAGUUCUAUGUGGGCAGUUUUUGGCGAGAUGCAGGCGCGGAAAACGGUCUCAUACAUCACUCCUAUCGAUAACCAUAGAAUAGAUUUUUGGUGGCGUCCUCAUUGCAGAAAAAAAACAACAGCAAAAAACAAAACCGCGCACAAAACGUCCCUACAAUAGUAGCGAUACCGGUCUGACAUUGUAAAAUACUGUGUAACUAUCAAAAGAAUAGGGGGGAAAAGGUACACGGUCUGUGUGUGCUGGAUUGAGUACUACUUCGACACAAACUACAUCUUUAUUACUAGUAAAUUAUUAUCGCAUGGUAUGUAUUAUUUCAUUGUAUUGUUAUUGUCUGAAAUAAAUAUUUUGACAUUU